UGUGAAUCUAUGUUUCAAUUUUCUAUUUAUAGGCUCAUCUUCUUUAUCUCUUCGUGAUAUUGGUUUCCUGAAAGGUUGAAAGUUUUCAAGCAUUGGUUUGGGGGUAUUGAUGUUUUUUUUUAAUUAAUAUAUUUAAAUUGGUUGUGGGAGGGGAUAUUUUUCCAUUGUUGUAUUUUGAAAUAUUUGGAACUGUCUGUCGUUCUACUACCUGGAAGUUGAAUUGUUCAAGAAGGAUGUGAUCAUGUGUAAGGGUGGCGGGGGUUUGAGUUAUGUGGCAAUAAAAUAAUCUCGAGAUUAUGAAGGUAAUAUAGUUUGAGAAGGUGAGGUAUUGGUGGAAUUGAAAGAUCUGAGGCAUUCUUCAUCAAUGAAUUCUAAGUAUAUUUCAACCAUUAUCACGAGCGCAUGCCCCUCCUCCUGGUUACUUCGUUCGUUUGAAGAAUACAGGUUCUAAAGACGAUCUAUAUCUAAGUAAAAAGGAUAGAAUGCGCAGGUGGCUUUGUUGUACUUGUCAAAUUGAAGAGGCCUACCCAUCAGCGGAAAGUGAGCACCUGAAAAGCCCACGAAGUUAUGGAGAUGGUCACGUUCAAAGAAAAGAGGCAGCUACUUUCAAAUCUGAAGCACCAAAAACUCCUCCUCCCAUAGAAGUGCCAGCGUUGUCUCUGGAAGAACUGAAAGAAAAGACUGACAACUUUGGGUCUAAGGCACUGAUUGGUGAAGGGUCUUAUGGUCGAGUUUAUUAUGCUAGUUUAAAUGAUGGGAAAGCUGUGGCUGUGAAGAAGCUGGAUGUUUCUUCCGAGCCCGACUCCAGUGUUGACUUUUUGACGCAGGUUUCUACUGUCUCAAGGUUGAAACAUGAAAAUUUUGUUGAGUUGCACGGAUAUUGUGUUGAAGGAAAUCUCCGUGUACUUGCAUAUGAAUUUGCAACUAUGGGUUCUCUACAUGACAUAUUGCAUGGUAGAAAGGGAGUGCAAGGAGCACAGCCUGGUCCUGUUCUCGAUUGGAUGCAGAGAGUGAGAAUUGCUGUUGAUGCAGCUCGAGGAUUGGAAUACUUGCAUGAGAAGGUUCAGCCUUCUAUCAUACAUAGAGAUGUUAGAUCCAGCAAUGUGCUUCUCUUCGAAGAUUUCAAAGCAAAGAUUGCAGACUUUAACCUUUCAAACCAGGCUCCUGACAUGGCUGCUCGGCUUCACUCUACUCGUGUUUUAGGAACUUUUGGCUAUCAUGCUCCAGAGUAUGCAAUGACGGGACAAUUGACACAGAAGAGUGAUGUCUAUAGCUUUGGAGUCGUUCUACUUGAACUUUUGACCGGGAGGAAGCCGGUUGAUCAUACCAUGCCUCGCGGUCAGCAGAGUCUUGUUACUUGGGCUACCCCAAGACUAAGUGAAGACAAAGUCAAACAAUGUGUUGAUCCAAGGCUGAAGGGUGAAUAUCCCCCCAAAGGAGUUGCCAAGCUGGCCGCUGUGGCAGCUCUGUGUGUGCAGUACGAAGCCGAGUUCAGGCCAAACAUGAGCAUCGUUGUCAAGGCUCUCCAGCCACUUCUAAAGCCACCUGCCCCUGCUCCGGCCGUGGAACCUUGAAGUAAAUUGAUCUCAGUUUUCUUCCUCACUGUUGAUAUAUGUGUCAGCGCCUACAUUGCAAUGUUUGCUUUCAUGGUGACCGUAUAGAAUUCAUAAUAUUCAUUAUUUAUUCCAAUUAUUAUUGUUAUUUUUUCUUGUCUUGAAGAAGAUGCUUGAGUCAUGUUUGAUUGGAUUGAAAAUAGGUUGCUGCUUUUCUUGUAAGCAAUUCUUCUUGUGUAGCCUGUUGUUGGUAAUAGCACUCGGUUGUUAAAAAUGUUUUUCCCCUUUCGUUUUUUGGAGUCAUCAAGUGAGAAGACUCAGUGGGAGUGCUACAUGGUGUGGUGGAAAACACAUUUGGAUUACAGUUUGCUGUCCCUCACUCCUUUGAUAUUAAUGGAUAUGGGUUGGUUUUCUCGGUUGUCAUCGAAAAUGGUCUUAAUUUAUUUAUAGUUUAUGUAAGUGCUUUAAGUACU